ACAGGUGCAGCAGGUGAAUCACAUUAACCCUCUGCUGGUCAUGUGACUCACAGAGUGACCGCAGGAAGGCGCAAGCGGCCAUGGAGGCGGCCUGGAAGUCCAUGGAGAAGAAAGAGAAGAUCCCGUGGAUCAAGAAGGCGGCAGAGGACCAGAAGCGUUACGAGGUUCAGUACCAACCUGUGAGGGAGCUGUUGGAGAUGAGGGCUCCUGCAGCUGGUCAGGCUCAGAGGAAACCCAAGUUUGAUGGAGAACCAAAGAAACCGCCAGUGAGCGGGUAUCAGAUGUUCUCCCAGGAGCUGCUGACCAAUGGGGAGCUGAACCACUUCAGCCUGAAGGAGCGGAUGGUGGAGAUCGGGAAGAGGUGGCACAAACUGAGCCAGAUUCAGAAGGACAAGUACAAGAAGCAGGUGGAGGAGCAGCAGGUGGAGUACCAGGCCGAGCUGGAGGCCUGGGUCAAGUCGCUGUCUCCGCAGAAUCGAGCCAUCUACAAAGAGUUCUCCUCCACUAAACGUCGCAGCACCGCUAAAGUCCGCACUAGUCCCGGAGCUAAAGUCCGAGUGACGGCAAAAGGGAAGGCGGCGAGCUCGAGAGCUGUCACGCAGACGGUCGGGGUGGCCAAGAGGGCGAUGGCGUACCGUGCAAAGGACAUGUCGGACUCAGACGAGGAGAAGAGCGACUCGUCAGACUCUGAUGAAGACGAUGAGACGUCAGGAUCCACAGACAGUGAAGACGAUGAUGAAGAUGAUGAGAACGAGGACGACGAGGACGACGAAGAUCAGUCUUCCUCUGAAGAAUCCAGCGACUCGGACUCUGACUAGCCCCGCCCCUUCACCUCAUUGGAGAGGAAAGGCUGUGCAGGCCACGCCUCCUCAUGUGCCAAUCACCGUGGCAGACCAAUAAGUGAUGUCAGAUGGAGCUCACACUUACCCCUCCCACCUUCCAUCUAAAAGGGUGAGCCUGCCGAGCGUUUUGUUACUCGUGUUUCUUUUUUAUGAGUGUUUGUUGGUUUUUAUCUGACUGACAUUUCAGACGGGUGGAGACUUGUUUUAUUUUUGUGGAGUGAUGAA